CUGAAAUGGGGUUAACAAGUAUCUGAGACUUUUUCCUCAUUCCUUUGAAGUCCCCUGAAUGCAGGAGACUGCCUGUGGCAGUGGGUGAAAAGGGGCUGCCCAUGAGAGAGCCAGGAAUCAGCUCCACUAAGCCCUGCCAUUCCCCGGCCCAAAUGACUCAUGGCUCUGGGGGAGCCGUCACAGCUGGGACUUACAACGGACAACUCCUCUGCACUCUCCAUUCCCCCAACAAGAUCUUCCUUGCCUGACCUGGGCACUGACUUGGGGGCUGAGAAUUCUGCUGCUGUGAAUUCAGGUGGUUCUGAGGCCCAGCUCAGGAGUCUGCUGCUCGGGGAGUAUGCCGAGGGCGUCAGUGAGAGAGACAUCCUGCUUAUUCACUCCUGCCGCCAGUGGACAACGGUGACAGCCCACACCCUGGAGGAAGGCCACUAUGUCAUCGGGCCCAAGAUCGACAUCCCUUUGCAGUACCCAGGCAAGUUCAAGCUCCUGGAGCAGGCCAGGGAUGUGCGGGAGCCAGUGAGGUACUUCAGCAGCGUGGAGGAGGUGGCCAGCGUCUUCCCUGACCGCAUUUUUGUGAUGGAAGCCAUCACCUUCAGUGUCAAGGUGGUGUCGGGCGAGUUCAGCGAGGACAGUGAGGUGUACAACUUCACACUGCACGCGGGCGACGAGCUCACACUCAUGGGCCAGGCGGAGAUCCUGUGUGCCAAGACCACCAAGGAGCGCUCACGGUUCACCACCCUGCUACGCAAGCUGGGCCGGGCCGGGGCGUUGGCGGGGGUGGGUGGCCCGGGGGGUGCGGGAGGAACCGGCGGGGGCGCCAGGCCUAUCAAAGGCAAGAUGCCCUGCCUCAUCUGCAUGAAUCACCGCACCAAUGAGAGCCUGAGCCUGCCCUUCCAGUGCCAGGGUCGCUUCAGCACACGCAGCCCGCUAGAGCUGCAGAUGCAGGAGGGCGAGCACACGGUGCGUGCCAUCAUUGAACGCGUGCGGCUCCCGGUGAACGUGCUGGUGCCCAGCCGGCCGCCUCGCAACCCUUACGACCUGCACCCGGUGCGGGAGGGCCACUGCUACAAGCUGGUCAGCAUCAUCUCCAAGACGGUGGUGCUGGGGCUGGCGCUGCGUCGUGAGGGCCCGGCGCCGCUGCACUUCCUGCUUCUCACCGACACGCCGCGCUUCGCGCUGCCGCAGGGCUUGCUGGCUGGGGACCCGCGCGUCGAGCGCCUGGUGCGCGACAGCGCCUCCUACUGCCGCGAGCGCUUCGACCCCGAUGAGUACUCCACGGCCGUGCGCGAGGCGCCCGCGGAGCUGGCGGACGACUGCGCCAGCCCGCGCCGCGCACGCCUCUGCCUGCCCGCGCCCCCGCGCGCCCCUGGGCCCGCCCGCGCCCCGGGCCCGCCGGGCGAAGGCGACCAGGAGUACGUAAGCCCCGACUGGGCAGGUGCGCCUGAGCCCAGCGCCUCUCCCUCCGAGAUCCCCUAUGAGGAGCUCUGGGCGCACCAGGUGGCCGAGGGCCUCGCCGAGGGCCGCCCCCGGCCGCCCCCGGGGCCGGACCUCAUCUCCUUCGGUGCCGCGGGGCCGUCCCUCCUGGAGACCGAGGCGCCGCCGCCUCCUGUCCCUCCCAAAUCCGAGGCGGUAAAGGAGGAGUGCCGACUGCUCAAUGCCCCACCUGUGCCUCCCCGGGGUGGCAGCGGCAGUGGCCGGCUCUCAGGCAGUCCCCCGGUGCCCCCACGCUUCCCCAAGCUGCAGCCUGUCCACUCACCCAGCUCCAGCCUGUCCUACUACUCCUCUGGCCUCCAGGAUGGGGCAGGUUCCCGCAGUGGCAGCGGCUCCCCGUCACCAGAUGCCUACUCCCUCUAUUGUUACCCAUGCACAUGGGGAGAUUGCAAAGCGGGCGAGUCCUCCAGCCGCCCACCCCCAGGACCUCUGCCCUCGACCACACAGCCCAGCCAGGCCUCCCGUACCCUCACAGAGCCCCUGAGCAGUAGAGCCGCCUCCCUCUUGGGGGCUGACACCCCUGUCAAGACCUACCACAGCUGCCCGCCUCUUUUCAAGCCCUCUCACCCCCAGAAACGCUUUGCUCCAUUUGGCGCUCUCAACCCCUUCUCUGGGCCUGUCUACCCCUCAGGCUCUUCAGCGGCCUGCUCUUCUGGGCCCACCGCCACCUCGGGUCCCCUGGCUACCUCCAGCCCUGCUUAUUCCCCAGGCCCAGGCUCACCGGGCCAGGCCUACUCAGCGGCUCCCGCCUCCUGUCCCACUUCCUCCUCCUCUUCCUCUGAGUGGCAGGAACCAGCCCUGGAGCCCUUUGACCCCUUUGAGCUGGGGCAGGGUGGUUCUCCAGAGCCUGAGCUGCUGCGCUGUCAGGAGCCCAGAGCUGUGGGGGUGCCUGGACCUGGACCCCGCCUCUCGCCGCUUGGACCCCCCAAGGCCUUUGAGCCUGAAGGUUUGGUGCUGCGGCAGGUCCCUGCCCCAUUGUCACCAGCGGCCCUGCAGGGGCCCGAGGCAAGUGGAGCACGACUCCUUCUCACCCAAGGACGCCUAGAAGGGCCUCCUCCGGCCAGUCCCCGGGACGGGGCCACAGGCUGGGGAGCCCGGGAUGCCUCUUCCUGGCAGCCUCCCGCUGACCUGUCUGCACUCUCCCUGGAGGAGGUCUCUCGCAGUCUGCGUUUUAUUGGGCUCUCAGAGGAUGUGGUGAGCUUCUUUGCCCGAGAACGCAUCGAUGGCAGCAUCUUUGUGCAGCUCAGUGAGGACAUCCUGGCAGAUGACUUCCAUCUCACCAAGCUGCAGGUCAAGAAGAUCAUGCAGUUCAUCAAAGGCUGGCGGCCCAAGAUCUGACCUUCCCAGCUCGUAGCUGCACACUAGAAUGCUGGCACAGAGGCCCUGGGGCCAGCCACGCAUCUGCAUGGGGACAGCACUCCCAGAGGCAGGUCCUGCCUGUGGGAGAAUCUGUGCUAAGACCAAGGCUGCUAGGUAGCCUCUGAGAGUGAAUCCAGGGGAGACACACUUGGAAAUGGGGUCCUCUGGGGCCAGACCCCUGGAUGGGGAAGGCUUGCCUUUGAGCGUGCAGAGUACGUGGGGAGAAGACGAGGCCCCAGUGCAUACCUGCGCCUGGUGAGGCAUUUGCUGCAUUUCUCAAAAGCUGGCCUUUAUGGUGACCUUUCCCCUGCCUAAGCCCUGCUACAGAGCUUCACAGUUAUCUCACACUUGUCAAGCUUGUAGGUUCAGGGUAGAGACAAGGGAAGAAGAUGGCCUGUAAUUUAAGCACAAAUUCCUCAAGUGCCCUCUCUCCGUGCUCUGUGGGCUUUUGGCCUAAGCUGUCCUGGGGUCGUGGUGCUGGUUUAGGGACCUCUGGGAUUCCUUUCCCGUCCUCCUCUGCUCCACGAUGGGUUAGGUCCCUGGCCCUGAGCACAGGUGUAUCAAGUGUAAGCCUGUGCCACUGCACCUUGGAGGUUCCACCUCUGGGUUCUGGCUCAUGGUUGACUUUAGAAGAGCACAGCUGUUGACCUACUUAUCCAGUUAGGGAGGCAGAUGCUUCCCUGAUGUCCAGUGCCCCAGGGUCUCACUACUGGGUUGGGUGCAGUCUGCGAAGACUGACUCCCUGGGACAGCAGGUCGAUUGAGUCAGCUGCUCCUUGAUUCUAGAGGCACGUGGCUUUCAAUCACUUCCACUUCCACUGGUCUCCUGCCCCCAUCCCUUGACUCUGGCAAACACCUGGUGUCCCUCCCUGGUUUUCUGUCAGUGGCACAGGUAGGACAGGUGAGAGAGAAAGCAGAGCGGCUUGGGAAGACCUGGCUUUUCCCUCCUGGAGCUUAGGCCUCCUGCACUUGCUCCCGUGCCUCAGGGCAGGUCUUCGUGCCCUGCAUCUCGAGCCUGGUGAUCUACUUUGCGCCCAGAGCAGGGUGGCCAUUGCCCAACCACGCGUCCCUCCGUGCUCUUCCCCGUCUCACCUAUCGAGGACCGCAGUGGUUCUCAUGCUCUAGUGUCAGGCUCCUGAGGUGCCAGCCUUCUGCCUUACCUGGCCUACCUAGAUAUUUAUUUCCUCCGUCUUUCUGUCUUAAGAGUAGCGAAGCCAUGCUGGUGCCCCCAGCAGGCUGCUUCAGCUCUGAGGGAAGGGGAGUCAGGAAGUAGGACACACGAACUGAUGCUGAGACAUUGGGUUUCCUUGCCUGUCACUUAAUGAAUGCUCAAGGACUAGUGAAAUAAACGCUAGAUGGCUGAGGAAUAGUGCAAGUGGAA